CUGAAUCGACGGAUUAGUUCAAAACUGGAACCCAUUACAGAAACAAGUUGAUUUUAACGCAUACCCUAGGGGGAAUGCCUCUCUCGCUUCGAGAAACCACAGGUGAUUAGGACAGACAGGAAAAUCGCAGAACACGAUAGUUUAAGCCAUCCAAUAGAGUGCUCAAUAAGGACAAAUAAAAUGGUCAAAAUCUUCUCAACUAGUCGAGAAGUGCAGAACGUUGUGGUAAACUAUUCGCAGGAAUAAUACUCGGUACAGUGUUUCAAUAAAGUGACCGUAUUCCCAACAAUAAACAUUUGAAGUUUCUAGAAUCUUCAUAAUUCAGUAGAGUUUAAAUUGCGACGAAGAAAAGAAUUGUGUACUCUCUAUUUUUUACGGUCGGUGAAGAAGCUAUAUUUAAAACCGCGUUGGUGACUAUGAAAGAUUUGGACGACUUAGCAGCCAUUCAUUUGAAAUCUCAUGCUCUAGGCAAAAGUAGUAGAACCAAAUGGAACGUGCCAAUAACUGACUUCGCCCGACUCACUCAUAAUCCGAUCCGUGCUAUUGUCGAGGGACUCAAGAUAGUACCGAAUCCGGACAAGCAAUUGAUUGCCCUCUCAAUCGGCGACCCUACAACUUUCGGUAACCUCAAACCUGCCCCGGAAAUAGUUGAUGCUGUACGAAGAGUUAUCGAGGACGGUUCAAGUAACGGAUACGGCCCAAGUACAGGCUUUCUGGAAGCCCGUCAAGCCGUUGCUGAUUACGUUGCCUAUCAAGGUACGGUCACAGCAAAUGAUGUCAUUCUGUGUAGUGGCUGCAGUUGUGCCUUGGAUCUCUGCUUAUCGGUUUUAGCGGGACCUGGUCAGAAUAUACUAAUCCCUAAACCCGGAUUUUCUAUAUACCGUACACUUGCUGAAGGGUUUGGCGUGGAAUGUCGUUAUUACGACCUGAAGCCCGAUAAGAAUUGGGAAGUUGAUCUUCUACAACUUGAAUCGUUGAUUGAUGGAAAUACGGCCGCUUUGAUUGUAACAAAUCCGAGUAACCCGUGUGGAAGCGUAUUUAGUAAGAGUCAUUUGAAGGCGAUCUUGAAUAUUGCUGAGAAACAUUACUUGCCAAUCAUUGCGGACGAAAUCUAUGAACACUUCGUAUUCCCGGGCCACGAGUUCCACUCGGUCAGCUCGUUAUCUGAGAAAGUACCCGUGCUGUCGUGCGGUGGGCUGACAAAACGUUUUUUAGUUCCGGGUUGGCGCAUGGGAUGGAUUGUAAUACACGACAGAGAUAAUCUCUUCCGUGAUGUGCGCAAGGGCUUGGCGAAUCUUUCAGCGCGUAUUUUAGGUGCCAAUACUUUAAUUCAAGGUGCUCUUCCAGAUAUUUUAAACAACACGCCAUCUGCCUUCUAUGAUGAUUUGGUUUCAACUUUAUGUCGACAUGCUGAGUUGGCUUAUAAAUCGAUCAAGCAGAUUCGAGGACUUCGUCCUAUAAUGCCAGGUGGAGCAAUGUAUAUGAUGAUCGGUAUUGAAAUCGAACAUUUUCCGGAGUACGACACGGAUCUCGAAUUCGUCCAGGCGCUGGUAGCCGAACAAAGUGUAUUUUGCUUACCCGGCCAAUGCUUCGAAUACCCCAAUUUUAUGCGUAUUGUAUUGACCGUACCAGAAAACAUGAUUUCUGAAGCGUGCAAACGUUUACAUGAUUUUUGUGAGAAGCAUUACAGACUAGACAAUAACAUCAUUGAAACAUGUCAACAUGGUUUAAUGGUUUAAAUGAUAUAAUGUUAAAUCUGUACAUAACACAUGGUGAAAGGGUUUUACACAAUAUAUUUUUACAGGAAACUUUCUCAGGCGAGUUGAAAAAAUUCGGUAACAUAAAACAAAGAUUUAUUCAUAACUUACCCCAAUAAUUAGUUAAUUUUUUUUUAUUUCCAAAACCCAUGAUUGUGAUCGAUAACAGCAUUCGUACCAGUUGUAGAAAUCUAAAGAAUCAAUGCAGGAAAAGGAGUUACACUGUAAAUAAUACACAUUAUAUAGAAGUUGAUUCCACUUAAGGCCCAAACACACACACGGCGUAAUGACGCCCUUUCCAUACAAAAUAGAUCACGCUUUCUAUUUUGUGUGGAGGAGGCGUUAUUGCGCCGUGUGUGUAUCUGAGCCUUUAGAGCUAAAAUCAAAACAUUUUAAACUUGAGCUUCAUAUGUUAUCUGGAGUAAAAAAUGAAAAAAAAAUGUAAAUGUAAACGAGAUAAUAAAUGAAAUUUAUUUUUGCUAAAAA